CACUUGACCCUCAUUCGACCACACAGCCCAAAGCGACACAACAUUUGCACACCAUACAAACCUCAAAGACCCAGUCAUGAGCAAGAGCUAUUCAGCUUCCGCCGAAACGGCCUCCUCAUACCGCCGUACCUUCGGCUCAGGCCUGGGCUCCGGAAUCAGCUCCUCCAUGUUCUCUGGUCGUGGUUCCUCUGGUUCCUCACGAAUGUCCUCCAAACUUUAUGAGGUGACCAAGACCUCUGCUCCUGUCUUCUCCAGCCACCGUGCAUCGAGCUCUUCAUACGGUGCCGGCUCGUUGCUCCGUUCCUAUCCCCAUGAGAAGUUGGACUUUAACUUGGCUGAUGCCAUGAACCAGGACUUCCUCAAAACGCGCACUAAUGAGAAGGCAGAGCUGCAACACCUCAACGACCGCUUUGCCAGCUACAUCGAGAAGGUGCGCUUCCUCGAACAGCAGAACCAAGUCUUGAUGGUGGAGAUCGAACGCCUGAAGGGCCACGAGCCCACUCGCAUCGCCGAGAUGUACGACGAGGAGAUGAGAGAGCUGCGCAGACAGGUGGAUUCGGUGACCAAUGACAGAUCUCGUGUUGAGAUAGAGAGAGACAAUCUGGCCGAUGACCUCCAGAAACUGAAAAUGAGACUCCAGGAGGAGAUCCACCAGAAAGAAGAAGCUGAGAACAACCUCUCUGCCUUCAGAGCUGAUGUAGAUGCUGCCACUUUGACCAGGCUGGACCUGGAAAGACGCAUUGAGAGUCUUCAGGAGGAGAUUGCAUUCCUCAAGAGGAUCCACGAGGAGGAAAUCCGUGAGCUGCAAAGCCAAAUGCAGGAAAGUCAGGUGCAGAUCCAAAUGGACAUGUCCAAGCCAGACCUCACUGCUGCCCUGAGGGACAUCCGCACGCAGUACGAGGCCAUCGCUGCCAAGAACAUCGGAGAGGCUGAGGAAUGGUACAAGUCCAAGGUGUCAGAUCUGAACCAGGCAGUGAACAAGAAUAAUGAUGCUCUGAGACAGGCCAAGCAGGAGACCAUGGAGUUCCGUCACCAGAUCCAGUCCUACACCUGUGAGAUCGACUCUCUCAAGGGAACUAAUGAAUCUCUCAUGAGGCAGAUGAGAGAGAUGGAGGAAAGAGUGGGUCAUGAGGCUGGUGGUUACCAGGACUCCAUUGCCCGUCUGGAAGGUGAGAUCGCUAAGAUGAAAGAUGAGAUGGCUCGCCAUCUGCGUGAGUACCAGGAUCUGCUGAAUGUAAAGAUGGCACUUGAUGUGGAGAUCGCCACCUACAGAAAACUUCUGGAUGGAGAGGAGAGCAGGAUUUCCAUGCCUGUGCAGUCCUUUUCCAGUAUGGGUUUCAGAGAGACCAGCCCAGAGCAGCAGCCUCAAAAGCAGCAACAGCGUUCAUCUGAGGUUCACUCUAAGAAAACAGUCCUGAUCAAGACUAUUGAGACCCGCGAUGGCGAGGUUGUAAGCGAGUCCACACAGCACCAGCAGGACAUCGUGUAAAGCCCACAAAACAGAUUUCUAAGCCUAACUUACCUUUUUACUGAUGACCUCGGGUUGUUUAUUCACAUCCACAUUGUCAUGACCCAUUACCAAAGUGUUUGUGGAUGACACACAAUGACAAAAGGCAGAGAGCAAACAAGAGAAGGAGAAUGUUAAAUCAAACCGGUGAUACAAAUAGCAUGAAGAGCCCCUGAACGUGAACAGUUGAUUUGGAGUUUGUGUGAAAUAAUGUGUGCAUGUGUGGUUGGGUCAUUUUUGAGCAAUUGUAUUCCAUCUCUUCAAAAGACACAAUAAAGAUUGGCUGUAUUUUUCUCUUA